UCAUGAGCAUUUUUUUAUUAGAUUGCAUAUAAGAAAUCGUUCCAGAAGAUAAAGCAUGCAGAUUUGCUUGACCAAAAUAAUUCUGUGACAUUCAUUAAGAAAGACAAGAAAAGAAGGAUUUUUAUUUGUUAGAAUUAUUAUGAGAAAAGAACUUAUGCUACACAGGUUGAUAAAAUUUGGUUUCUUCAGAAAAAAUGCCUGCCACUACUAGAUAUCCAUCAACAUCACGUUUUUCGAAAACAUCUUCAGUAAAUGUUCAAACAAAAAAGAAAAAGAAAAAUUUGUCUAAGAAAAGCCCAAAUACAAUAAAAAGGCCAUUUAUUCCUCCUCCUGGAAAAACAAGUCCUGGUAGGCCCUUAGCUUGGGAAAGCCAAUCACACAGACUUGAAAUUAACCCUCCUGUGGCAACAACACGAUCGAUGAAUAUAGAUGAUCUAUCAUCAUCAGAGAACGAGGAAGUACACGGUUCAAAGAAACGAUUUGAAAGAAAUAUCGACGAACUUCUCAAAGAUGUGUCGCUUAAUGAACGCAGAUACAUGAACAUGAAGACUGACGAGCAGUUGAACGCAUCACGUCGAAUACUGGAAGAUCAACAAGAAGAAUUGCGAGCUUUUCAGAAUGAUUUAAAAGCGUCGAAACGUGAAUACUCAACUCUUCGACGAUCGUUUGAAAUAGUGAAUAGAGAGGCCGAACGAUUCAGAACCGAAGCGGAGCAUUUGGGGACGGAAAAAGAAACGUUACUAAAUAAGUUACUGCAAGUUGACCAAGAGGGACGAGAAGCGUCGAAAGAAGUAGCGAAGUUACGAGAUGCGUGCAGAAAACUAAAACAGGAUAACCGUUUUACUUCAUCAGAUGUCGACGCAUUGACACAGCAAAAAGAUAAGCUUCUCGAUAAGUUAGAAGAAUUCGAAGGGAGCAAUAAACGGUUGCGUCGCUUGCUUCGAGAAGCACAAAAACAUCAAGAGUCGAAUCAACAGAUGUCAGAUAAAUGUGAGAUAUUGAUGAGAAAACUGACGGAAGCGGAAGCCAAAAUACAGGACCAAUCGGCACAACUGGUUGAUCAAGACAAACAGAUCGAUACGCUCAUCGCACAACUAGAAGCUGAGAAACAUCAAGCUAAAACCUUUGACGAACUACACAAAACAAUGGAGGCUACUCAAGCGCACUUAAAAAAUGAAAUCAGAACUAAAGAAGCAGAAAAUAAUCGAUUGUCGGUGCAAUGUCGAAAGCUCGAAGAAUCCAGUAACGUUCAGUCGUUAGAAGUGGAACAUUUUCAGGGACUGCUUGCAGCGACACGCGAUAAAUCCAUGAAAGACAAGGAUGCGUUAAAGAAAGCCACACGAAUACAACGCGAACGUGCGCAGAAACAAGAAGAUGUCAACGAAGACAUGCAGAAACAAAUUUCCGCGUUACUGUCGCAACUCGAAAGCUCGAAAGUGUCGUUACAAAACUUAACUGAGGCGCACCUUAAAUUGAAACAGGAUAGCGAGUUCAUAGAAGAAGAAUCAAAACAGUUGCGAAAGAAUGUCAUGGAAAUAGGGAAUAUAAUGGAGCUCUCAGGAAAACACAUGAAGGCCGGACCAGCUCACGUAACAGAGAAACUUGUACCUAAGAUACGAAUAUUAAAAUCUAUAAAAACGGAAAAUGAGGGUUUAAAGGAAGAAUUAAAAGCACUGGAAGAAAACGCUUACAACUCCGAAAAAACAAUCACGACUAAGCUUCAUGCAGCCGAUGUUGAGCUUACACAGUUACGAGCCGCACUCGAGCAAUACGAAGGCCUCGCUGCAGACUACAAAAUGCAGUUGGAACGAUACAGAACGGAAAACGAUGAUCUUCGUGAAAAACUACAGAAACAAGAUCGAGAAUUGCAAACGAAAAUUCACGAGAGCAUGAUCGAAGUAAACGAGGUUCGUAGUACCCUUCAAAGUAAGUUACUUGAAUUGGAACCGUACCCUGAUCUAUUGAAGAGAGCUGAAAUUCGUCUGCAGGAUGCGCAAGAAAGAGCUUCUUCUGCUGAAAAAAGAGUCAAUGAGCAUGCGCACUUGUUAUCAGAGUUAACCCACAAGGUUGAAGUGCAGAGCGAACAGCUUGACCACCUUCGUGAAAAAUAUCGAAAUAAAAACGACGAAAAUAAAUUGCUCGACCAUCAGUUACAAGCGUUUGAGAAAAAACUACAAGAAACUGAUGGCUCGCAUCACGAAUUAAUUUUAUCACUCGGUCGAAAAGAUGAAGCGGUUCAAAGUUUGCAAGACCGAUUGGACGACCAAAGAGUGGAAAAUGAGCGACUUGUUCAACAACUAGAAGUAGCACUUCAUGACACAAAGAAGCAAGCUGAAUCACAACGUGAGAAGAGUCUGGCCAAGGAACGCUCUGCCCAAGCAAGAAUAAUGGAUUUAGAAGCUCAGCUCUCGAGAUCCACUCAAAAUACAGAAAUGUUGAAACGCAACAAGGAAGAGGCGGAACGAAAAUUUAAUUCGCGUCUGCAAGACAUGCGUGAUCGUCUUGAACAAGCCAACAGCACUACACGAAGCAUGCAAAACUACGUACAAUUUUUAAAGUCGACGUACGCCAAUGUCUUUUCCGACGAUAUUGAUGCCGUCCCGGCGUUGUAAUUUUGCCGCCUGUUGCUUGGAUUUCAUUGACAAUUUACACGUGGCUGUUGACUGUUGCAAGAAUGUAAUACGGCGGUUAUAUUUCCCGCACAUAUGUAAGUAGUUCGUAUAUAUUACUGUAUUUAUAUUUGUCAAAUAUAUAAGUAGAUUUUAAAAUAUACCCGCGAAAAACACGUAAAAGACAACUAUUUUUAUACUUUCGCGUAAUUACUACAGCUACAUUCUGUAUUCUAUAAUUAUACUGUUGCAAUAUUGCAGCGUUCCACGAUCUCGAACGUAUGCUUUCAAUUUUUAAUUGCUAGUCACUAUUCGUUCGCAUGCACUGAGGUGAAAUUUUUACACUGGGUAUAGUUUGAUUUGAAAUUAAGAAGGGUGUUUUUAAUUGUAUAUAUUUAUUUAGUCAAGUGUUUUAAUUGUUAUAAAAUAUUUUUUGAUGCUAAUAUUUGUAGUAUAAUAAAGAUGAAUGAAGUGUUCAAUCUCAA